AUGUCCAAAAAACGACUGCCCAUUUUCCAAAAGGUCUCAAAGCUCCUUAGGAUCUUCAUCUUCAUUGCCAAAGUGAGAAAACUGUCAUUUGAAAACUCAUUUCUCAGGAGGAAAUUACAAACCUCAAAGAAGCUGAAGCUUCUGAAGCAUUACAACAAUGGGUUCCGUGGAGAAUACCAGUUUUCUCCUUCUAACACUCCCCUCAUUCAUUACCACAGAAGCUUGAGAGUUGAAGGAGAAGAUAUAUGUGGAGAUUUCACUAUGGAGGCUCUUCCUCCUGCCACUGGAGAAGAUGACAAUGCAGUGGCUUUAUUGGAGCCGUUGGAUUGGGGAGAUGAAGAAGCUUCAAUUGACCUGCGGGCUCAGAUGUUCAUUGACAGGUUUUAUGAAGAAAUGAGAAUGCAGAGGCAGGAAUCAUUCUAA